AGGAACAGAGGGGCAGUAAUGAGACUUUUGGAGUCGGGAUUUUCUGGAAGACGGGAAGAUGAGGCUUGCAGAACUUUGCUGAAGGCGUAAAAAUAGGCUUAAAGGUUCUGAUUGGCAAGGAUAGGGGCUAACUAUAUAUAUAUUCUGGUUUUACUUCCCAUACAUCCCUCUACAGUUUGGAUUAAAAAGGCUGUUCACCUUUAAAUUAACUGCUUACUACAUUGACAUGGAUUUUAAAAGUCAAUAUUCGUUAACCUGAAUUAAGUCAAGCAGAAAAGAAAAUCUUGGAUCACAAUGGCCAAGUCGAGGCUCUUCUGUCUGCUAGUGGCGUUGGGUUCAGUUUUCAUGAUUCUCUUCAUCAUUGUCUAUUGGGACAAUGUUGGGACAGCUAAUCUGAAUCUUCACACUUCCUUCAGCAAGUCUCUUCUUCCUCAGUCAUCUGCAGAGCUUUCGACUGCCGUUACAGUACCAAGAAACCGAUUUGUUUCAGAUGUAGAUGCAUUUUUAGAUCACUUUCUUAAUUUUAGCACAAAAAAAAGUGAAUUUCAGAGCACAAAAGCAGAAAAAAUGCCACUACGAGGCCCAAGCAGCCUGGAGGAAAAUGUCAGAGGAUACGAUUGGUCCACCAAAGAAAAAUUAGAGGAUGCAAUUCUAGAUCAGGAAAUAAUACAGCAGGAGAGAAAACGGAAUUUAUUACAGUUUUGUGGCAACUCAAGCUUUAGUUUUCCGACAAAGGAACGUUCUUUUGAUGACAUCCCUAAUCGGGAAUUAGAUCAUUUAAUAGUAGAUGAUCGUCAUGGCAUUAUUUACUGCUACGUUCCAAAAGUUGCCUGCACCAAUUGGAAGCGAGUGAUGAUUGUGCUAAGUGAGAGCCUCCUGGACAAGAAGGGAGUUCCGUACCAAGAUCCCUUACUAAUUCCUCGUGAGGAUGUCCACAAUACAAGUAGUCACCUAACCUUUAACAAAUUUUGGCGCCGUUAUGGUAAAUUUUCUCGACACAUGAUGAAGAUUAAGUUAAAGAAAUACACCAAGUUUCUUUUUGUUCGUGAUCCUUUUGUCCGUCUCAUCUCUGCAUUCCGCAGCAAGUUUGAGCUUGAAAAUGAAGACUUCUACCGCAGCUUUGCAGUGCCUAUUUUGACUCGAUUCUCCAAUAGAACCAGCGUUCCUGACACAGUCGGGGAAGCGUUCUCCUCUGGCGCAAUGCCAUCUUUUUCUCAAUUUAUGCAAUAUCUUCUGGAUCCACAGACAGAAGAGCAGAGGCCGUUCAAUGAACAUUGGAGGCAGGUGUAUCGCCUAUGCCACCCAUGCCAAAUUGAAUAUGAUUUUAUUGGCAAGCUGGAAACUCUCAGUGAAGAUGCAGCACUUCUUUUAAGACAAUUAAACUUAGAGUCACUCUUCCAGUUCCCUCCCAGUUACAGAAACAGGACUGCGAGCAGCUGGGAGGAUGACUGGUAUUCAAAACUUCCUGUAGCUUGGAGAAAGAAACUGUACAAAUUGUACGAGGCUGAUUUUGUUCUCUUUGGCUACCCCAAACCAGAAAACCUGCUUAGUGUAUAAAACAGACUUGCUGAAAUACCAAAAACCGAACCAUAGUUUGCUGCCUUUCAUAAAGAUUUCCAGGGUUGGUACAAUUUUAUAGGUUUUUUUUUUUUUUAAUUUCUUUCUAUUGUAUGUGGAAGCAUGGGUUAUAGUUUACAGGAAAAGUCAACCUCCUUAGCAGAAUGAAGUUGGAGUAAUUUAAUGGGGAACUAAAAACCCGAAGAUGCACUUGCUCUGGAUAAUGUACUUGUGUAAAGGUUGUACAUGUUUACUAUUGCACACCAGCUCUUUGGAAUACAAGUAUUACCCCCUGCAUACUUGUAGGUUGCCCCAAGCCAAAACAAAUAUCAAACAUAAAACAAGCAUUUUUGUCACAUGCACAUUGAGCGUUCUUAUAUGGUUCACUGAUAUAACUCCCUGUUAGUGAAGCACAAAUGUAGUGUAAUGCCAAAAGGUAUUAGUUGGUGUGAGGUUAGUAUGUGUACUACCACUAUAAAAUGAGUACUUUGGUUAAGAAAAUGUUUCUAAAGUGUUUUAGUUACCCUUCAAAAUUCCUUUUUUUUUGUAUAAAAUUACUGCUUCUUAGGAAACCAGUAAUGCUCCUGCAGUCCUGCUUUUCAAAAUAGGGAGCCUUUGGGUAACCUAGUAACUUUUUAACCAUGGGUAUCGCCUCCAUCUCCUCCACGUUAAAGCAUAUGUUUAACCUGAAAGUUCUGUGCUACACAGCAGUCUGCUUACAGCGGCAGGACACUGAAGUGUUGUGGGCAGUGUACGUUAUAGAAGAGCAGUAUUUUUAUUCUUCUUUUUUUUUUUUAAUGUUUGUAAAAAGAUACCCUUGUCAUUCUAACGUCUCAGGAGGAGUUCUUUUAAAUGCUUUUUACUAUAUAAAUAUUAUUUUCUAAAUUAAUAUAUUAUUUAAAGUAUUUAAUACAGGAACUUGGUCAAGUAAAGGCUUUGCUGUUCAAGCAUUCUGUCGUCUGUUGUGCGUUACACCUUUCAUGGGAAACAAUUUAGGAUUUACCCUGUUAAUUUUUAUUUGUUUGUAUUUCUUGUCUGGGUAAACAAUCACCCUAAUAUGAAAGAGACUUUAAAGGGAUCUAAACCCCUACAAAUAAAUUGGUAUAAACUUAGGGUGUUUUUCUAAGCACUUUUGGAAAAUGUAUUUACAUUUAUGUUUUGUUUUAAGUUAUUUUUGAAUGAAAAGAGUGUUAGCAACUCGGGCACUUUCUAUGCAGGGCCACUCUUUCCAUGAGACAAGGUUAGAACCAGUGAAAAGAAAUCAGCACGUUAUAAAAGUGACAUUAUGCUAGACACUAGGCAGUGCACAAAAAUAAAUAUGUAGUCCAGUAUGUUAAUUAGUGGAGCGAUAACCCCAUGAAUGUGCUGAUGAACAAUGAAGGACACCUGAAUUUAAUGGUGAACAGAAUGAAAAGUGGCCAAUGUAACUAAAUCGGAAAUGCACACAAUGAGUCAAACUACUCAACAGACCCAGGAUAGAUUAUAAUUCAGUAUGUAGUACAAAAUACAGAAUGUAUGUAUGCAGAAUCAAAAAUGGAUCAGGAUUCAGUAUGUAGUCCCAAAGGCAGGAGUGUAUAUUUAAUAAAUUUAGAUUUCACAGGAGUCACAUGGAAUGUAGAGACAAAUAUAGUGCAAUACAUUUAUAUAAAACUCGCUUAGAACAGGUACAGGCUACUUACAAACAUGCCGAUUCAUCAUAUAUAUAUAUAUAUAUAUAUAUAUAUACUGUGUGUAUAUAUAUAUAUAUAUAUAUAUAUAUAUAUAUUAGGAUGGCUCUAAAUGUUUGUACUCUUAAGAAACUUGGCAGGACCAUGCAGAACACUUUUGGGACUACAUACUAAAUUAUAAUCUAUCCUGGGCCUGGUAGGUGGACUCACUGUGUGAACCCCUGUGAAAAUUCUGAUUUAGUUACAUUGGGCACUUCUCUGUCUCUCCAUUAAAUUUAGGUGUCCGUCAUCAGACCUCAGCACAUUCAUGGGGAUUAUUGCUCCUUUGAUUAACUUACUGCACAAUGUAUUAAUUUUUGUGCACUUCCUUAUAGUUUCCUGCAUAAGGCGAGAAACUUGCCUCAGGUGGCAAUGAGUGGCCAGUUAACCAUUAACUUUAAGAGCUGAACUUAUUUUGUAAAAUAAUCCCCUUUGACCCCUCUGACACCAAACUAAGUGUGGAGCAGGUAGUGGGGCAGCAUCAGGUCUGUUGCCUCAGGUGGCAGGUUGUGCACUCACUGGGUUCAUUUAAGCCUUGGGUUGCUGACUUUCAGUUGUGCUAAAAGCCUGCUACUAGCAGUCUAAAAAUGCUGAUAACUUGGAAACCACUAAAAAAUAGAAAAAGAAUGUAAAUAACUCUCAUAGAGUAAAGGCAGUUCAAGCUCUAUGCCCAACAUCCCAUAUGCAGUUUAAAAAAUAAAGCAGGAAAAAAAUAAAAAGUGUCAUGAUUAACAAAAAGUCCAUUAAUUUCAGAAAAUGGGAUAUGUUAUACUUCUAGUAUAUGAUGUCCAUUGUUUAUUUCCAAACAGAGCUGUCAGCUAUAAUUGUGUGUAGUUUUAAUAAAAAAAUGUAUUUGCCAAGAA